UCCUCUCAAAGAUUUGAUUCGAUAGCGCAAGCCGUGACGAGCAUGAUGGAAAUUGUAAAGCUUCAUUGUAACAAAUAUCAAACAAUAAACUUUCUCAUCGUCAAUAGAGACAAUCGGGAAGCAUUAGGAUGCAGAGUGAACCCCUUCGUGAAGAGUUUGAAAUCACCUUGCAGUAAAACGCCCUUUUCCACUAGUCAGCAUCAAGAAGUCGACCUAACCGCAUCCUUUACCAUAGUUCUCCUGAUACGGCGUGCAUUUAUCAAUUAA